UUCCCUCCCCGCCCCCGUUGCCACCACAGAGGGGAGAUCCCUGCUUAGCUCUGAGCCUACUCGAUUCCCCCUGCCGGAGGGUCAGUGUCUCCUAGAAGGCUGGGUGAGGAACAGGACGGGCCUUGGUCAUUUCCACGCCCAUCCCACCCACUUCCUGCCUCCCUCUUGGGCAACAAAGGGGCCUCGGGAAGCUGGGUCCCCUUGGUUCCCGGCCCCACUCCCACUCCAGCCCUGCUGAUGUGGAACGGGGUUUGGGCUCAGCCCGGCUAUUGUCUGCGCUGGGGGAGGGGACAGGCUGGGGCCAGGAACUCUUGCUUGCAGCCUGCUGCACCAAGUCUCCCAAUGGGGGGCUUUGCCAUCCGUCUGCCCACCUCUUCCGACUAAUGGGUAUACCUACCCAGAUUAGGUCUUGGGGCUGACCCGAAUCCCACCGGUAGCAGGUCCUGCUUCUUGGGAUUAUUUUAAGAAACUCUCAAAGCUUUUAGGCCCGAAGCAGGGCAGCUGGCCUGGAGUUUAGAGCCAGGGCGUUUGCCAUGGCCCCACACUGGGCUGUCUGGCUGUUGGCAGCAGGGCUGUGGGGCCUGGGCAUUGGGGCUGAGGUGUGGUGGAACCUUGUGCCCCGGAAGACAGUAUCUUCUGGGGAGCUGGCCACAGUAGUGCGGCGGUUCUCGCAGUCAGGUAUUCAGGACUUCCUGACCCUGACCCUAACGGAGCGCUCUGGACUCCUGUACGUGGGGGCCCGUGAGGCUCUGUUUGCCUUCAGCGUAGAGGCCCUGGAGCUGCAAGGAGUGAUCUCCUGGGAGGCCCCAGCUGAAAAGAAGACUGAGUGUAUCCAGAAAGGGAAGAGCAACCAGACGGAAUGCUUCAACUUCAUUCGCUUCCUUCAGCCAUACAACACUUCCCAUCUGUACGUCUGUGGUACCUACGCCUUCCAGCCCAAGUGUACCUAUAUUGACAUGCUUACUUUCACCUUGGAGCGUGGAGAGUUUGAGGACGGAAAGGGCAAAUGUCCCUAUGACCCAGCUAAGGGCCAUACUGGACUUCUUGUGGAUGGUGAGCUAUACUCAGCCACACUCAACAAUUUCCUGGGUACGGAGCCUGUUAUCCUGCGCAACAUGGGGCCCCACCACCCUAUCAAGACUGAGUACCUGGCCUUUUGGCUGAAUGAACCCCACUUUGUAGGCUCUGCCUAUGUCCCUGAGAGUGUGGGAAGCUUCACAGGGGACGAUGACAAGAUCUACUUCUUCUUCAGUGAGCGGGCAUUGGAGUAUGACUGCUAUGCUGAGCAGGUGGUGGCUCGUGUGGCCCGUGUCUGUAAGGGCGACAUGGGGGGCGCACGGACCCUGCAGAGGAAGUGGACAACAUUCCUAAAGGCACGGCUGGUGUGCUCAGCCCCUAAUUGGAAGCUCUAUUUCAACCAGCUGCGGGCGAUGUACACCCUGCAGGGUGCCUCCUGGCACAAUACCACCUUCUUUGGGGUGUUUCAAGCACGAUGGGGUGAUUUGGACCUGUCAGCAGUCUGUGAGUACCAGUUGGAACAGAUCCAGCAGGUGUUUGAGGGACCCUACAAAGAAUAUCGUGAACAAGCCCAGAAGUGGGCCCGCUAUACUGACCCUGUCCCCAGUCCUCGGCCUGGUUCGUGCAUCAACAACUGGCACCGCCACAAUGGCUACACCAGUUCCUUGGAGCUGCCUGACAAUACCCUCAACUUCAUCAAGAAGCACCCACUGAUGGAGGACCAGGUGGUGCCUCGGUGGGGCCACCCCCUGCUUGUGAAGAAGAACACUAACUUCACACACCUGGUGGCUGACCGGGUCACAGGGCUUGAUGGAGCCACCUAUACAGUACUGUUCAUUGGUACAGGAAACGGAUGGCUUCUGAAGGGUGUGAGCCUGGGACCCUGGGUCCACAUGGUUGAGGAGCUGCAGGUGUUUGACCAGGAGCCUGUGGAAAGCCUGGUGCUGUCUCAGAGCAAGAAGCUGCUUUUUGCUGGCUCUCGCUCUCAGCUGGUUCAGGUGCCCCUGGCAGACUGCAGCAAGUACCUCUUCUGUGUAGACUGUGUCCUUGCCCGAGACCCCUACUGUGCCUGGAACGUCAACACCAGCCGCUGUGUGGCCACCAGUGGCCACUCAGGGUCCCUUCUGAUCCAACAUGUGACAGUUGUGGACACCUCAGGAAUUUGUAAGCAGCCAGGCAUUAGGAAUGUCAGGCCUGCUCCCAAAAACAUUACAGUGGUAACGGGCACAGACCUGGUAUUGCCCUGCCACCUUUCAUCCAACUUGGCCCAUGCCCACUGGACCUUCAGAGGCCGGGACCUGCCUUUGGAACAACCUGGCUCCUUCCUCUAUGAUACAGGACUUCAGGCCCUGGUAGUGGUGGCUGCCCAGUCCCGCCACGCGGGGGCCUACCACUGCUUUUCAGAGGAGCAGGGAGCACAGCUGACCGCAGAAAGCUACCUGGUUACUGUUGUGGCAGGCCCUUCAGUGACCCUGGAGGCCCG